UGUUAUUAAGUUGAUUGAAAUUAAUGAAAAUAUGUAUGGAAUCCGUUUAUUUAGUGAAGGCAAAACUUUGAAAAUAAAAAUUGUUGGUUACAGAGAUCAUCCAAUAAAUAAAGAGCCAAGACGGAUUAUUUCAUAUAAAUUAGAGCCGUCAACUUCAAGAUGUUUAAUUUCUUAUUUUGAGAAAAUUGAAGGAGAGAAUUAA